AUGAUUCCGGCUCGGUUUGAUUUUUAUGCUUUGGUACUGGUUACAUGUACCAUAUUACCUAACUAUACUGUUGGUCAAGCACGUUCUCGCGUUGCUUCUUGCAGUCAAACUUUCAGCGGAAACGAAAGUGGUCAACUGCUCAGCCCAGGAUAUCCACAAGAGUAUAAAGCCUCGGAAUUCUGCAAUUAUGCUAUCCAACUUCCGUCCAGCCGUCAAGUCAACUUAACAUUCACCGAAGUAGCAGUGAGUACCUAA